UGGAGCUAGGAGAUAUUCUGGGACACCGUUGCCAGCAACCUCUCUCCUGUGCGUUCAGGAUUCAUUUCCCCUACCGCCACUCUGCUCCGCUCCGUGCUGUGCCCCUUGUGUUUUCUCAGAGACCAAUAAUUCUGACUGGGACUAGGAGCCAGUAGUUGGGAACUAUGGUGUUCUGAUUGUCAGGGGGAGGACGGGAACCAUCCGCGGGUUCCAUCACCGUUGUGGUGUUGCGGUGGUGGCCUGCCGGUGGUGCCAAGACUAGGAGAGACGAGACUGAGACUUGGCUGCUGCCCUGCGCUCCCCCUGUGUGUUCUUUCCUGUGAGCAGCACGACUGGCUGGCCUGGGCAGAUGCACGCCCUUCUCAGACAGCUCUUAGACAUGGGCCAGGAGCAAGCCAAGCAGCAGAUUGAGAAGGGGCUGAAACUCUACCAGUCCAACCAGAGGGAAAAGGCCCUGCACGUUUGGACAAAGGUGCUGGAGAAGAACACGGACCCUGGAGGGAAGUUUCGGGUCUUGGGCUGUCUGAUCACAGCCCACUCAGAGAUGGGCAAGUACAAGGAGAUGCUUAAGUAUGCACUGGCGCAGAUAGACACAGCCAGGGACAUGGAAGACCCCGACUACCUGACAGAAGGUUACCUGAAUCUGGCUCGCAGCAACGAGAAACUCUGUGACUUCCAGAACACCAUCUCCUACUGCAAGACUUGCCUGAACAUGCAGGGCACCACGGUCAGCUUGCAGCUCAAUGGCCAGGUGUGCCUCAGCAUGGGCAACGCAUACCUGGGCCUGAGCGUCUUCCAGAAGUCCCUGGAGAGCUACGAGAAGGCGCUGCGCUACGCACACAACAACGACGACAAGAUGCUGGAGUGCCGCGUCUGCUGCAGCCUUGGCAGCUUCUAUGUGGUACUCAAGGAUUACGAAAAGGCUCUUUUCUUUCCUUGCAAAGCAGCAGAACUUGUGAACGACUACGGCAAGGGCUGGAGUCUAAAGUAUCGGGCCAUGAGCCAGUACCACAUGUCUGUGGCCUACCGGAAGCUGGACCGUCUGCCCGACGCCAUGGAAUGCUGUGAGGAGUCAAUGAAGAUUGCCUUGCAGCAUGGGGAUCGGCCUUUGCAAGCCCUGUGUCUCCUGAACUUUGCUGACAUUCACCGCUGCAGAAAUGACACGGAUAGGGCGUUCCCAAGAUACGAGUCUUCUAUGUGCAUCAUGAUUGAAAUCGGAAACCGGCUGGGCCAGGCGACCAUCUACCUAAAUGUGGGCAAGUGCUGGAUACUGCAGAAGGAAAUGGACAAGGCUCUGGACUCUUUGCAGAGAGCAGAGGAUCUGGCUGAGUCAGUAGGAAAUAAGCUUAUCGUGCUGAAGACCCACUCCCUACGCGAGGGCAUUUUCCGCGGUCGUGAGCAGCAGGAGGAGCUCCGGGAGCAGGUGGUGAAGUUCCUGCAGUGCGUUGAGGAGCUGGAGCUCUACUGCGGCAUGUGCGGAGAGGCCAUCGGGGAGAAGAACCAGCAGUUGCAGGCGCUGCCCUGCUCCCACGUCUAUCACCUCAAAUGCCUACAGACAAAUGGGACUAAAGGAUGCCCACGGUGUCGUAGCUCAUCCAUGAAGCCUGGGUUUGUUUAAACACACACACACACACACACACACACACACACACACACACACACACACACACACACACACACACACACACACACACACACACACACACACACACACACACACACACAGAACAGUGUCCCGUAGUCAAAGACAUAAGGACACUUUCUCUCAUCACAAUCAGACACAGACACUUCUUCAAAAGAGACUUCACAGAGGAUUCCAAACUAUUCUUCCACAGACUGAACUGUCAAGCAUCCCUGUGGAUUUUGUGGCAGAACCCCUCAACUGACAGUUUACAUGAUAUUGAAACAUUUGACACACACGCACACACACACGUGCGCACACACACACACACAAACACACACACACAGCACUCUAUGAUGGGCCUCAGCCGGUGAUUGCCUAUGUAGUGCCAGUAGGUUCUGUAGGCCCAUGUUGACUGGACUGUUUUUUUUUCUGUGGAGGAUUUACAAACUUGGCUGGUGGAACAGACAUUCAUGGAGACACCAAGCUGCCAACUGAUUCUUUUUUUUAUCUCCCUCUGAGGAAAUUUUAUUUUCUCCUUUUUUGAGCCUCAGCUUGGAAAAUGUUUUUUUUCUGACAGUGGUGCUACCAGCAGUGUCAUAGCAGAGGCCAAAUAACUCGGCACAAUAUGUGACAAACCAUGGAUAAAAAAACAACAACUUUUCAGCAUCUCAAGUUCAAAGUGGCAUUCUUCUGUAUUUUGGUCAGCUACCUAUGUAACUACCUGUUGACCAUCUCCCCUUUUCUCUAUGGCACCCCAACUUCCUGGAUAUUUGUAAUACUUUGAUAAGCUUUUAUCGUUUUUGGCAACUGUGCAAUGCAGACUUGGAAAAUGUGGUGCAGAUGAACGGAUAUGUAAGUGCUUAGAUAAUUCUGUCUUGUCUCUGAAAAUACAAUUCCAGUUAGACUAGUCUUUUGCUUGUUGGACACAGACAGGUGUGAUAACUGCAUUAAAGGUACACUGUGCAGGAAAUGGUCAAAAAACGUACUGCAACUAUGCUGCUCAUUGAAACUGGGCUGCCUAUUGCCAAAUUUGAUCUUUUCAUGAAACAUUACAAAUUAAUAAACUAAUAUUUUCUAGUAUGGCCCAAUUACAGUCAUUUUUGCACGUAAACUGGCUAUUUCUGGAAAUUCAAAAUGGCGGACCAUGGAGAAGAUCCCACUUUUCCAGUCAUAAUGAAUACUUAGAAUUUGAUGGUGGUGGUAAGUAUUAAUGAAAAAGGUAACAUUAGUGAUUCUGGAAAUAAACAACUAAAAAUCUUACACAGUGUACCUUUAAGGCCCAACAUUGAAUAAUAAUAACAGUGUUAUCUAAGAAUCUCAGUUCUUUGGUAAAAAUGUGCUCCAAAUGUUUACAGUUGAUAUUUCCCUGGUUGAAUAUAGCCCGGUAUAAAACUGAAUUCCACUGAGUUAAAUGAUGCAAUACUGAUGCAAAAAGGAUGCAAUACCAUACUUAUCCACUUUGUAGUUUCGGUGUUUUCCCCUAAAUCUCUGUCAAUAGCUCCUCUCCCAUAGGGCUGUCAACUGCACAAAAAGAUGUUACUGUAAAAUGUAUAUACACACUACAUACAUACACCAUAGAAUGGCAAGACACAUACUUUCUCAAACUGCACAUAACACAGUCUAAAGCCAGAAACACAGACACCUGAGAGAAAUUCCAUGACCUUGCUAAAACAGACACUGUACUGUACAGCAAUAGAUCUCUCUGAGGUCAACUAAAGUUGUCUGCCAUGUUACAUUAACCGCCAUGUCAUGAUAUUGACAGUUGAUAUUUCUUUCAAGAUAUGUUUUCAUAUGGUUAUCAGUCUAUUUUCUAACAUAUGGAAAGGUGGAAUAAAAUUGCAUGUCGAAGCCAAUAAGUAUUUUACAGUAAUAUUGUAACUAAUGAUUAUAGCCUGUGUGUGUGAAGUCUAUUCUUUAAUCUGACCAAUUAUUUGAAUGGACAAGCUUGUCAUUUUCCUAUACACAUGAAACAAUAUUAUGUAUUGCAUACUGCAUAAAAUAUUUGGAUGGCAGAGCUGUAUGGAAACUGAUGUACAAUAAUACAUAAACAUUGAAAUGAGGAAUAGGUAUUUAUUUGACACUUGUCAAUUAUCACUGAAAAAGAAAUUGGUGACAUGUGCUAUGCAUAUAUUUUAUAAAACUUAUUAAAAUCAUAAAGCAUUUUUCUUCACUAAAACCAGGCUAAGAACAUAGCAACAGCAUUUCUUCAGGUUUGUUAAGUUAUGACUGAGAUUAUUUAAUGCAGCUACUGUAGAUGUUCAAUCUUUCUGUCUUUUUUGUUUCUUUACUUCUUUGGUAAACUAAAUACAUGUAUACAUUGUUUUGUAACGGCUGCCAUGCCCUGAACUAUAGUAAAGUGUGGUGACAGAAAAAUGGCAUUUUACUCUAGCACAGUAAAAAAUGUAACCCUUCCUCAAAGAACCCUCGGUUGUGUUGGUGAGCCUUAAAAGAACCUAAAAGGUCUGGGAAGAACCCUAAGGGUCCUUAGCCUUCUUUCAUGGUGGAAACCGAAGUGAUUCUUGGGUUCCCUGAAAAACCUUCAAAAAAAUCCUUAGGGUUCUUCCAAAAACAAUUUGUCACCUAUUAGGUCCUCCGCACGCAGGUUCCGACAGGACUGCAGAGCACAUAUCAGUUCUGACAAUUUUGGUUACCCCGGCCCGCACACUGGCACAGAGGUGAUAUCAACAAUGAAUGGUAAGUUUCAGCACAGCAGAGCAUGGAUAAACAAGGGGAGGCUCAGACGAACAAAGAGCUCUCCUGUAAUCGGCAGCCGACAUCCGCCGACAUGUGAGGACAUCGCUGCCAGUUUGCGGGGUUGUAUUGAAAACCGUGGAAUCAAACGUUGUCAGAGCAGUGCUCUGCACUUUGUCGGAAACCGGUGUUCCGAGGCCCUUAGGCUCCUCAGAGAUCUUGGAGGGGUUACCCCACAGUGGCAAUCUGAAGACACUUUGGGGGCACAAUUUUUAUAGUGUGCCAUGACUAUACAUGGUUCAUCUUUUGUGAGCUAGUUGUAAUAAUUCUGAUAAUAAAAGACAUCUCUCUAUAUUCAUAUUUACAAAGGGAUUGUUAUUACUGUAUGUAAGGUUUCACACACUAGCUACUUUAUGGUUAAAGCUACCUCUUAGUUACCCCCUCUUAAUAACUACUAAUGUUAUGGUCAUUAUUGUAAUAAUCUGAAUUUGUGAUGGGAUGUAGAAUGGGGAGUAGAAACUUUGUA